AUUCUUCGUUCCUCCUCGCGCUCCUACCACGCAUGUGAAGUCGCAAUGACGUCUCUCCCACCGCGCGCCGCCGCGCAAUGUCGCGCAUCCCUCCCAUUCCGCCUGCUGCUGCCGCUAUCCUUGCUUGCGCUUUUGCUCCCAAAGCUGCCCCUCAGCAGCGCUGAAUUUGGAAUCUGGUCGGCUACCGAGCCUGACACCUCGUUAGGUUCGGUAGACCCGCGCGAGGUCGUCGCAAACAUCGCCGAGUCGCUCAGCGAUCUCGCCUUCGCCAUCAAUACCGGCGACGCGUGCGGCAUUCUGGACUUCUUCCCCGAAUCUUCUCUGAUCCUUCCGCCCCACUCCCCCGAGCUGCUCCUCAACUCCACCGCGCAGCGCCUAAGCCUGGUGCAGCAGCUGCUGGGCGUGGGAGUGAGGGUGCGCUUUAGUGUCGUCGAGGCGUGGGUGGGUAAGGGCGAGGCGGGGCGCGUGAGGGAUGCAAUCCGGUUGGAGCGAGGAGUGGAUCCAGCGGCGACUCUGGAGGGGGUGAAAGGGGGAAGCCCAGGAGGAUUCGGCGGUAAUGGCGGGGAGGUGCUGCGCGGCGGCGAGGUGUUCGCGGUGACGCGGAUCGGAUUCGCCGCCAACUACGAUGGGAAAAGGCUGCAGAGAGAGGAAGCGGCAGCAGGAGGCGAGGGGGAUGUUGAGGGGGCGGCAGCAGAUGGAGGGGUCGGGGAGUGGGGAGGUGAGGCGUCGUUGGGGGAGUGUGCGGGCGUGGAGGGGUCCAUCAUCGCCGUGUGGCACAGGAGCGCUGAGGCGGCGAGCAGCAGGGGGGGUGGAGCAGAGCGUCUUGACGCCCAGGGAGGCAAGGCGCCGCAUGAUUGCAGCAGCGCCGCCUCGCAUUCGCAAGGGAUAUUCAACGACAAGUCCAAGGUGUGGCGCCUCGACUGGGCUGCGUGGAACCACGCCAACAGGACCUGCCAGAACCACAGAGCACCGCACCACACCGCGUGGGGCGCUGCAGAGAGGCUUGUGGAGGCGAGCGCUUUGGCGAGCAUUGGUAGGGGCGGAGGCAGACAGCUGAUGUCCGGACCAGAGGCGAGUGCUCCGCCCGGUGAUGCAGGCAGUGAGGCGGGUGGCAGCAGCGGCGCAGAGCAGCAUGAGGUGGGCACGGCGGGGAGUGAGGUGGGUGGAGUGGCGUGCGGGGGGUGCGCGCAGUGGAAGGUGGAGGCGGCCCUGGCGGCCUUCACCGUGGCGCUGCUCAACGGCAACGCCACCGCCGCCGCUCACAUCUUUGCUCCCGGCGCUGUCGUGUUCCCCCCGGACUCGCCGCCCCUGGCGCUUGAGAGCGCCUCCCAGGCGGCGGCGUGGUUGCACCCCAUCACGGGGCGCCGCCUCAUCUUGCAGCCCGUGAUGCAGCAGCUGCUCGUGCUGCAGGCCGCCACGUGGCAUGCCACAGCGCUGCAGGAGGCCAGCCACCCAGCUGCCGCCGCCACACACAGCCUGGGGUCGUUGCCUUACAUCGUGGUGACGCGUGGCGUCUUCAAGUUCUGGGAACUGAAUGGGCUGCUGGAGAGCCAGGGCAAGUUCACACUGGUGUGGGAGAGCAGCUAUGGGGCCGGCAUGGCUGGACCAGAGCACGGCAGCACGGCCCACGUCCCGGGCAGCAGAGAGGCACUGCACCCUGCCGCGCUGCAAGGCCCAGUGGCGGGGGGGGAUGAGAGCCCCCGCGAUGUCUCGCAGGGAGCAAGACGUGUGAGCGCAGGUGUAGUGGCCGGGUCAGAGCCGUGCUCCUGCACCUUCCGCGUCGCCAGGGCGCUCUGGAACCCCGACACUCCCACCGUGCCCCCGGCUCCCGCCCCUGCAUCUCCUCCCGCUCCCCCCUCACCCCCCUCCCCUCCUCCGCCUCCUCAUUCCCCUCCCCCUCCCCCUGCCCCCAAUAGCCCCCCCCCUCCCCCUCGUGCUCCCGGCAAGUCCCCCCCUCCACCUCCUCCCACUGCUCGCCCCCCUCCCCCUCGCCGCCGGUCCCCUCCCCCUCCUCCCAGGCCUUGAGAGGGAUGAAGGAUCGCAGGCCGUUGAGUUGAGUGCCAGCUGCGUUCCAGGGCAGUCCCCAGUGCAACCGUGCACGUGCACAAGUACCAAGUAUUCUUGCUCUUCUUUGCACAAGAACUCUAGUCUGGGGGCAUAUUCCUACGAGUGGUGUUCAGUACCAGCAACGGAAAAUGGGUUCCUCCUGAACACUGUGAAUGAACUUUCUUACCGAGUCCAGUACCAGGACCAGAAGCCGAUUUGGUCGCUC